UCGUCACAUGGCUACUUUCCUUUUGAAAAAUCUCUUUACAAUAGUCUUUUACUUCAAAGUCGUGUAACUCUAGUUUGGAGCUGUGUUGCAAAAACAACGUUUUUCACACUAACGUUAAAACUUUGAAGAGAAAUGGCAAGUAAAGCGUUAAGCAACCAGUUAGCUGCCAAAGAUGCAAAGAAGGCGGAAACUGAGAAAAAGAAGGAAGUUAUUAAGGACACAUGUAAGAAGUACGGUGCCUGUGCUUUUAUAUUAGCAAUAUCUUUAGUUGCUAAUAUUGUUUUAACUGUUCUCCAAGCUCAAGGUGCUAGGCACUAUUGCCCGGAUAAUUGGAUUGGUUCCAAUGAUAAAUGCUACUAUUUUUCUAAAGAAGAGAAAGAUUGGAAUUCUAGUAGAUACAACUGUACCUCUCAACAUGCUGACCUAGCUGAGAUCGACACUGCAGAAAAGAUGGAGUUUCUUAUGCGCUUCAAGUGCAGUUGGGAUCACUGGAUUGGGCAAGUUAAGAAGGAAAUUCAAACAGGACAGUCGAUUGAUGGAACUGUAUUUAAGAAUUGGGAUCUUGCGACAAGAAAUGAAGUAUGUAAUUACCUUAAUGAAAAUGGUCUUGCAACAGCUAGAUGUUACACAGAGAGGAAAUGGAUUUGCCAGAAGAAAAUGGACUGAAUAAGAAUGGACUGAAAACUAUGAGUAAGAUGGUUUUAAAUAUCUGCAUCCUUUUUUCCUUUCUCUUUGAACAAUUUUCAACAUUUCUUUGCUUUACUAUUAUAGCCUAAUAAUAUAUCUCGAUGAUUCUUAAAGCAAUUUCCUUAUUAUGUUUUUACUUUUCAAAUGGCCCGAAUCUUUUCUUUUCUAUAUCAAUUUUAGAAGGGUCUGGUAAUUUCACAGUCUCUAUAGGUCAGUUUGGGUACUGUUGUGUUUAUAUAUUAUUUUCUUAUUUAUUUGUAUGUCUUGCAUUGAUUUUUGUCUUCUAAUUUACAGGUUUUCUAAACAGUUACUACAUAUUAUUUAUCAUAUGUGUCCCUGCUAUACAUGUCUAAUGUUUUGGCUGUUGCAACAAUGUAAUUUUAUUAUAUUUCUAUAUAGAAAUGCAACUGUUUUGGGCAUUCUUGUCCUGUUCAACAUACAUUUUGAAAAUUCUUAAUUUUGAAUGAUUUAUGGAUUCAUUUAAAUAUUAUAAAACACAGCAUUUAGUAAUAGUCAUUUUUAUUUUUUUCCUGCCUUAUAUAACAACUACUUAUUUCUAGUCUAAUUAAAAUGGAUAGGACUGCCAGGACAAUAUUCAUGGUAAAUAUUCUAGACUCGUUCCACAUUUUAAAGAAAAUGCUUCUAAUAUCUCAACAUUAGUAGUGUUGUGUCUAGUUUUUUAUAUCUUUUCUUUUUAAAGUUAAGGCAUUUCUUUUCUGCUAUUUUCUAAGAGAAUUUUUUUUUGUAGGAGGAGAUUGUCCAUUUUAUUAAAUGUGCUUUUCCUUCCAGCACCUAUUUCGUCUUCCUUAAUCUUUUAAUGUAGUAAAUGACAUAACUUUCUAUUGUUAAAGAACUACUUUGCAUUCCUAGAUAAAAUUCAACUUGGUCAUGAUGUGAUGUCACACUUAAUCUAGAUAGAUUAAUUCUGAUCUUUGUUUUUUAAUGUUCUUACUUUUAAAAUCAUGAGUGUGAUUACCCAUUUCUAUUGUCCAGUUACUUAGACAUUUAGAGCCUUUACCGCCUUUGUAAAACUUUCCCAAGGAAAGCAGGGAUUAUGUUUUAAAUAAUUCGGUGAAGACACGGUCGGAAGAUGUGUUGCUUUCCAGUUACGCUAUAAAAUUGUGAAUGAUAAGAGCGAUCUCAUAUGGUAUUUUUCUUUCUGUUUCUGGCUUUCUCCAGGAGCAUCCAUGUUGCUGCAAAUGGCAUUAUGUUGUUGGUUUUUAUGGCUGACUGCAAUCUAAACAAACAAACAAAUAAACAAACAAACAAACAACAAAGCAUAAAUACAAAACAGAAAUAGACUCAUAGACAUAGAAUACAAACUUGUGGUUGCCAAGGGGGUGGGAGGUGGGGAGGGAUAGACUGGAAUUUAAAAAUUGUAGAAUAGAUAAACAAGAUUAUACUGUAUAGCACAGGGAAAUAUAUACAAGAUCUUAUGGUAGCUCACAGAGAAAAAAAUGUGACAAUGAAUAUAUAUAUGUUCGUGUAUAACUGAAAAAUUGUGCUCUACACUGGAAUUUGACACAACAUUGUAAAAUUAUUAUAAAUCAAUAAAAAAUGUUAAAAAUAAAUAAAUAGAUAAAACUGUGAAUGGUAAAUUUAACGUGUCUAGACAAUUAAGUAUGAUUCACAUUUUUCUGUGUAUUUUUUUUUAUUACAUUUGCAUCUGUGAUCUUUGGUGAAGAACACUAGCAACUUUUGAGAGAGUCGCUGGAAAAGAAUAUUCUUGUAUAUCAUGUUGUAUUGAUGUAACUAGCAUCAAAUAAUGGUGCUGGGGAGCUGCAAACUCAAAAAGAUUCAUGUUGCUUCAAUUAAAAAACAGAUUUCUAAUUUUCUCAUGGUGUGAGAAAUGGAAUUAGGAAAGACACAUUUGGCAAUAAAGGAGGCAGAGAUGGUCUCUGCCUCUGAAGGAAGAAAGGGUGUGUGGGCUACAAACAACCUGCACGUACCCUCACUGGACAAUAAGCAAAUAUAGAAUCACUCCCCUCUUUCCAUUAUUCUGAAUCGUUAUUGAUUGAUAAAUAAUAACACUUCUCAUGGUUUCAUGAAAUCUGCAAUGCACUUUAAUCAAAGUGUUUGUUUAAACAAAGACCCUGCAAAAAAUGUUUGCCCAGGAUCUGUCAAAUAUAUAUAUACAUACAUACACAUUCUGAUUUCUGUAUUUUAACAUUCAUAAGAAUUAAUUUCAAAAUUGUAACUCUGAAUGUGAAAUUAAAUAAAAUAUUACAGUAGAAAGUCUAGAGUAAUAUCUUCAUAUCUUUAAAAUACAAUUUUACAAAACCAAUACCCAGCAGUCAGUAAUUACACAGGGUCUUUGCAGUUAAGGGUCAAUUACAAUUUUAUUUAGUUUUAACACUUACACAUGUAUGAUAUGAAAAAGUAUACAGUCUAUUCCACGCGAUAGAAGUGAUUUUUGUAAACUUUCAGGCAUACAUAGGUGUAAUAAAGUUUCCUUUCUUCUGUCUUCUGGAUUAAAUUAUGAGCCUGGAAGGAUAUGUUGAAAUCCUUACCCCAGGGCUUCAGACUGUGACCUAACUUGGAAAUAUAAACCACCGCGCUAAACUUAAUAGUUAAGAUAAAAUCAUUUCGAUGAGCCUUAAUCUCUUUAUGACUAGUGUUGCUAUGAGAAGAAAUUUGGAUUCAGUGACAGACACUAACAAAGGGAACACUAUGAAGACAAAAUGGGGAAAGGACAGCUGUGUGACUGAAGUGGUGUGUCUACGCGCCGAGGAACGCUAAGGAUUGCCGCCAGCCUUUGCCAGGUGCUACAAGAGACAAGAAAGGACAAGAAAGUCUUCUCCUCUAGGACCGUCUGCCAAAGCAUGACCCAACAGACGCAUUGACCUUGGGCUUCUAGUCUUCAAAACUGUGAGACAAUAAACCUCUGUUGUUCUAAAUCA